AUGCGGCCGUCCUCCCAGGUGGCGAGCAGCCUAGUGGCUCUCGCGGACCGCAACACGGCGCUAAUAUCACAGCUAGUGCGGACUGAGGAUGGCGCGGAUCGCCUGGUCGGCGGUGCGGCGCCGUCGCCGCGCCCGUGGCUGCGCAUCGCUCUGAUGUCGGUCGGCCGCUCCUCGGGCGCAGAGUAUUUGCUGCACGCUCUGCGGGCGCUGCUGCAGACGCAUCCGGCUCGUGUCUCGGACCCGCUGCGGUCCUCGAUCGAGAUUGUCGUCGUCAACAACCACGCUCCACCAGAGGCGCACUCGGUGCUCUUGCGCGCGAAGCAGCUGUAUGGCGGCCGUGUCGUGUUCGUGGAGAAGGAGGCGGCGGCGGCGCGGGCCUGCAGGGCGACGCCGAAGGUCAAGGGCGACGUGGCGAAGGAGCCCGUCUUUCGUCAGACCUGCGACCUGGUGGGUGGCCUCGAGGCGCUGCUUGCGAUGCCGCCCGCCGAUCACGUGCUGCUGAUGGAGGACGACUGGCUGGUCUGCCCGAGUGCGCUGCUCGCGCUUCAGUACCUGCUCGACAAGGCGUACGCCUACGACGAGGACUGGCUCGCGCUGCGCGUCUCGUAUGGGUUCAACGGGGUGGUGGUGCGCGGGGGCGCGGACCUGCGCUCCCUGCGGCGACACCUCGAGUCCCACCCGUGGCGCCGCCCACCCGACCACCUGCUCUUCGAGUGGUUCUCGGGCGAGCGGCCAGACACAAAGGCGUAUGCGGCGGGGCGCAGCUACCGCGUGUUUCGUCACAACCUCUUCUACCACAUCGGGGCGCUGUCGACGCUCAACCAGCCGAAGACGCGCUUCACGCCCGGCUGCUACUCGCUGAUAUUCGCCUCCAUCAACUCGCUGGUGCGCAACUCGCUUCUCCGCGCCAAGGCCUCCUCGACGAGCCUCUUUAGCGCAGUCUCGGAGCAGGCGUGCCCGCACGACGACGUCUGGCCGUGCACAGAGGCGCCCCUCAAACCGGCGGCGGCCGCCACCGCCUCGCACGACGCCGGCGAGGUUGCGAGGUGGCUAGCGGCGGCAGCGGCGGCGGGCGACGACACCACCGCCGACGCCGCGCCUGCGUUCGACGUGGCGGCCGUCGGAGGCAGAGGGCCGCAGCAGGAUGGCGCUCAGGAUGGCGCGGGGCGCGCGGGCGGUGUGGAGGUCAAGGCGUUGCCGGCCGCCCGCGACACGCGCGCGGUGGGGUUGCGCGCGCUCAACAAUUGCGAGAGCCUCAAAGCGCAUUUUGCUUGCGCGGCGGGCUGCGAGGCGUCCGAGGGCACGGACCAACCCGCCGAGGUCGUGCCUGACGCGGCGGAGAAGUGGGGGCCCAAGCGGUGCCUCAAGACGAGCGGGCCCGUCUCGUGCGUCGGGAAGCACGAGGCCACUGCGCGCCUUUGCGGGUGCGAGCAGGCUGCGGCGGCGGCGAGCGGGUAG